GUACGCCACAAUCUGCAGGCUCCCCAUCUCUCUCGCUGCCCUGCUUCGUCCAUCGUCCAGAAUGGAUGAAGAAGAACGUGCGGUUUAUAUUUUAAUCCUACAUAAAAUAAAAUGAAUCUUGUCAAAACGAUCUCGAAUGCAAUUUUCAAAAAUACCACGAACAAUACAUGUCGAAAGUGGGGCAAAAUAUAUGCAUAAAGUUUUAUAUGGUCAAAAUAUUAAUGCAUGUGCAAAUAUUUUUCGCCUUGAAAGAGAUGCUUUUAUACUUCUUGUUAACACAAUCUUAGAGAGAGGGUUUCUUGAAGAAGGCCGUUUUAUUAAUGUAGCAGAAAAAGUUGGGAUAUGUUUAUUCAUUUUAGCAAGGGGAGCAAGCUAUCGGGAUGCAGAAGAUCGAUUCCAUCAUUCCUUAUCCUCAAUAAGUAAAUAUCACAAGCAAGUCUUGAAGGCGUUGGUGGCUCUAUUUGUCGAUAUUAUAAGGCCUCAGAUGAAGUGCCCGAAGAAAUUGCGAACAAUACCUUGUAUUGGCCUUUUUUUUAAGGAUUGUAUAGGAGCUCUAGAUGGAACACAUAUUGAAGCUCGUGUAGGGAGUGCUCAUGACUUAGCUGUAUUAAGAGAUAGUUUGCUUAAAUCUGAGUUUGAUUUUCCACACCCUCCACCAGGUAAAUACUAUUUAGUGGAUUCUGGGUACCCUUGUACCUCUGGAUAUCUGGCUCCAUAUAAAGAUAAAAGUGUUCGAUAUCACGUUCCAGAUUUCGCAAGAGGUCGUAAAAUCGGCAAAUUUCCUCAAGGCAUUAAAGAGUUAUUUAACUAUCGCCACUCCUCUUUGAGAACAACUAUAGAGCGAACAUUUGGAACUUUGAAGAACACAUGGAAAAUAUUGCACAACAGGAUGCCUCAAAUGAAACAGGAGCACCAAAUUCAAAUUGUUAUUGCAACAUGCACUUUGCACAAUUUCAUUCGUCUUCAUCGAAAGGGAAAACCAAUUUCACUGAGGAAGCAAACAGCUCAAGAUAGGCCCAAGGUGAUGCUGUUUGAUGAACAAACUAAAGAUUCAAUGAAACAGUUUAGAGAUGAACUAACACUUAAUAUUCUACAAUGUAGUUAAACUUAAUUGAAGGUACUAUAUUUUAGAUUAAAAUAUCGAUGUUUACCUUAUAUAAAUUUAGAUUAAAAAAUAUUCUACUCCCUCCGUCCCAAAUUAUUUGCCACAUUUGUAUUCCCGAGGCAAAAUAUUAAAUUUUUUCAAUUCAU